GGGAGCUCCCUCUUUCUGGUUUCUCCUCAUUUCAGCUUCCUGAUUGUCUGCUCUCCUUUAUACACAAGCCAUUGAAGUCGCAUAUCUCUCUCGUUUCCUCAUGUCUCUGAACGAAGUCUGGGUGGCAGCUUCUGCAAGCCCUUAUACUCCUCCGGUGCCUAAAGAGAGCCAGUUCUUUGUCGGCUUCUCGCUACUACUUGCUGCUUUCAUCCUCACGGGUCUCUUUGGACUGAAUCGGUCCUUUCUCAGCAUCGCUUCCUUUGGCGUCCCGGCAUCGUUGGCGUUUGGCUUCGGAGCCGUGUUCAUGAUCUGUGCCGUUGGGGUCUACUUGUUUCCCAGAUACCCAUGUACCAUACACUGGAGACCAAAUCUAUCCAACAUCAUGGCGGACGCGGAACCCAUUUUCACUGCUGUCUCCAGCAACGCCCACCAACUCUAUACUCUACUACAAUGCAUUAGCUUUGCACCACGCGCUACCGUGCAAAUAACACCAGAUGGAAUCCGCUUCUCCGCGGAAGAGCUGCGGGUCUUACAAGGUCUCGCAUUUCUCGACAAGGCCCUCUUCACCAGUUACACCUUCAACCCACCAGCCGUGCCAAAUGAAGGGACAACAGACGGCGACUCCGCUUCAGAUUCCACCUACUACCCCUCCUUCGUGGUCUCACUAUCCGCUCUGCUGGAGACACUGAAAAUCUUCGGCAUCAACGACUCAUCCUCCAGUACCAACGUCAAUCGAGCAUCCAGCGUCCAACCAACACACCCCUCCGGAGCCAACGCCUUCUCAGCACCUUCAUUACUCCUGGAUCGUUCCUGUACCAUCCGAUACACAGGCCACGGCUGCCCCCUCAGCAUCACUCUUUCCGAGACCGGCAUCAAAACCACCUGCGAACUAACAACGUACGAAACCGAAGGCAGCGAAAUCGACAUUCCACUCCAACGAGAUGCCAUCAUCAUGAAGAUCAUCAUGCGCUCCACCUGGCUCCACAACGCCAUCACCGAACUAGCAGCCACAAACCCGACGGUGCUCAAGAUCUCCGCAUCCGCAAUUCGCGAACCAUACUUCGCACUGACCGGCACGGGCGGGUCAUUCAGCGAGUCGUCUGUAGAAUUUUCCGUCGAAAACGGACAGGGGGGUGAUGCGCGAGCCUCCACCGAAGAGGGGUCACGCGCGAAGAAAGCCAGACUUGCCCCGACCGUCACGGAAACGUUCCUUGUGAGUCCGCCGUCAUCGAUGGGCUCUCGCAUCAAGCAGAACUACAAGUUCUCGCUGAUCCAGAAAGCGGCUCGCGCGAUGGCGGUGGCGAAUAAAGUAAGCAUCCGUGGUGAUCGGCAAGGUGUAUUGAGUCUGCAGUUCAUGAUUGAGUUUGAUGCCAAUGGGGGGAACAGUGUACGAGCUCUAAAGGGGGGUCCAGCGCCUGUUGUGACGUUUGUGGAUUUCCGGUUCGUGCCGUUGCUUGAUGAUGACGAGGGGGAAGGUGAAGAUCUUGUGUGA